AUGGCACCACCAGAUGACCGCAAACACCCCAUUGUGGGCAGGGCACCACCAGAUGACCGCAAACACCCCAUUGUGGGCAGGGCACCACCAGAUGACAUCAAACACCCCAUUGUGGGCAGGGCACCACCAGAUGACCGCAAACACCCCAUUGUGGGCAGGGCACCACCAGAUGACCGCAAACACCCCAUUGUGGGCAUGGCACCACCAGAUGACAGCGAACACCCCAUUGUGGGCAUGGCACCACCAGAUGACAGCGAACACCCCAUUGUGGACAGGGCACCACCAGAUGACAGCGAACACCCCAUUGUGGACAGGGCACCACCAGAUGACAGCGAACACCCCAUUGUGGGCAUGGCACCACCAGAUGACAGCGAACACCCCAUUGUGGGCAUGGCACCACCAGAUGACAGCAAACACCCCAUUGUGGACAGGGCACCACCAGAUGACCGCAAACACCCCAUUGUGGGCAGGGCACCACCAGAUGACCGCAAACACCCCAUUGUGGGCAGGGCACCACCAGAUGACCGCCAACACCCCAUUGUGGACAGGGCACCACAAGAUGACCGCAAACACCCCAUUGUGGACAGGGCACCACCAGAUGACCGCAAACACCCCAUUGUGGGCAUGGCACCACCAGAUGACCGCAAACAUCCCAUUGUGGGCAGGGCACCACCAGAUGACCGCAAACACCCCAUUGUGGACAGGGCACCACCAGAUGACCACAAACACCCCAUUGUGGGCAGGGCACCACCAGAUGACAGCAAACACCCCAUUGUGGGCAGGGCACCACCAGAUGACCGCAAACACCCCAUUGUGGACAGGGCACCACCAGAUAACCGCAAACAUCCCAUUGUGGGCAGGGCACCACCAGAUGACAGCGAACACCCCAUUGUGGACAGGGCACCACCAGAUGACCGCAAACACUCCAUUGUGGACAGGGCACCACCAGAUGACCGCAAACACUCCAUUGUUGACAGGGCACCACCAGAUGACCGCAAACACCCCAUUGUGGACAGGGCACCAACAGAUGACAGCAAACACCCCAUUGUGGACAGGGCACCACCAGAUGACCGCAAACACCCCAUUGUGGGCAUGGCACCACCAGAUGACCACAAACACCCCAUUGUGGGCAUGGCACCACCAGAUGACCACAAACACCCCAUUGUGGACAGGGCACCACCAGAUGACCGCAAACACCCCAUUGUGGGCAUGGCACCACCAGAUGACAGUGAACACCCCAUUGUGGACAGGGCACCACCAGAUGACAGCAAACACCCCAUUGUGGGCAGGGCACCACCAGAUGACAGCAAACACCCCAUUGUGGACAGGGCACCACCAGAUGACCACAAACACCCCAUUGUGGGCAUGGCACCACCAGAUGACAGCGAACACCCCAUUGUGGGCAUGGCACCACCAGAUGACAGCAAACACCCCAUUGUGGGCAUGGCACCACCAGAUGACAGCAAACACCCCAUUGUGGGCAGGGCACCACCAGAUGACAGCGAACACCCCAUUGUGGACAGGGCACCACCAGAUGACCGCAAACAUCCCAUUGUGGGCAGGGCACCACAAGAUGACCGCAAACACCCCAUUGUGGGCAUGGCACCACCAGAUGACCGCAAACACCCCAUUGUGGGCAGGGCACCACCAGAUGACCGCAAACAUCCCAUUGUGGGCAGGGCACCACCAGAUGACUGCAAACACCCCAUUGUGGACAGGGCACCACCAGAUGACCGCAAACAUCCCAUUGUGGACAGGGCACCACCAGAUGACCGCAAACACCCCCAUUGUGGGCAUGGCACCACCAAUGAGAGCGAAACAGACUGGAGAAGAUGA